UACAGUAGGCUGGACAUGUCCUUGGUAUUUGUUUUGUUAAGAAACUUUUGUGUAAAUAUCAAACCACCAACGAGAGGCUGGGGCUAUGAACCUCCAGAGGACGAAAAAACAGUUGGUGCUGAUAUUGAGAGGAUACGUUUUAUGUGGAAUAGAUACUGUGAUAAUAACUAUGAAUUUAAGUAUUUAGAUGGUGUGUUUGACAGGAUGAAGAAUAAAUACGGAACUUUAGCUGUUCAGAAUGAUCUACUAGAAGGUUUUUUGGGGGUAGAAGAAAAAAUACAGAGUAUUAAGCUGAAUCCAGACUGCUGUGUUGAGAAAGGCGUCGUGGUGACUGGAGGGAUAAAGGCAGCAUUUCAGCUUCUGGAAAUGGGGAAUGUCGUAAUCUGUAAAGGAGCUAUUGGAUGUGGUAAAACGCAUGCUCUAAAAGCAAUCGAGAACAAAUAUAUAGAGAAAGGAUGGAAAGUAAGAUGGAUGGAGGAAAACUUACUUCCUCUAGAGAAAAAUAUGGAAGAUGAAACAAUUCUGAUUUGUGACAAUCUUUUUGGAAGUUUUGCUUGUAAUACAUUUCUCCCACGUAGAAUAUCAAGUUUUGAAAAUUUAUUGGAAAGUAUGUGUGAAAAAUCAAGGCAUACUAAAGUUGCUGUUGGAAUCCACCAACAUGUAUUUGAUGAAAUCAUCAGAAUUCAUCAUCUAAAACUCCUUCAAAAUAAAAACAUAACAGUUGAUUUAGACAAACUAACAAAGUCAGAAAUGCUGCUUAUUUUGAAAGAGCAACAAAAAGAGGGUCACUGUAAAACAGAUCCAAAUUGUUGGUUUAAGUAUGUUGACCUCACACUUGUGAUUGAUAAACUCAGAGAAAACCCGGGCAUAUUGGAAGCCCGUUUCUCAGUUUGA